AUGGUUUUUACUGGCGAGUCAGCUAAUGGCAGAGCUUCUAUAGUUACAAGAGAUCAGCAUAAGGUUUUACAAACCCAGGAGACUUCAGCCCAGAGAGCUGAAUUCACAGCUGUUAUAGAGGCUUUUAUUAAGUUUGCAGAGGAGGAAUUUAACCUUUACUCUGACUCUCAGUAUGUGGUCAGGCUGUUUCUACACACUGAGACUGCGGUUCUGCCCGAGAACAAAACUGUGGUUCUGCCCGAGAACAAAACUGUGGUUCUGCCCGAGAACAAAACUGUGGUUCUGCCCGUGAACAAAACUGUGGUUCUGCCCGUGAACAAAACUGUGUCCCCCAGACACCUGGUCCCCCCACUGCCUCGACCACAAAAAAGGAAGGGGCCUCCUCUAUCUCCACUCCCUCCACCAAUACGGGAAGUCCAGCUGACCUCGAGACAAAUGACACCAGAGAUCCUGGAUGAACAGGAAGAGGAACCACCCACCAGACAGAUGUCACAACUCUGUAUAAAAGAUAUUGUCCCCCCUAAUUCUUUACCCCAAAGGAGACCACCAGGAUGCCCAGCUCGUGCAACUGAACAAGCCUCCAUACCCACCUGGGGACAGAUUAAGACGCUCUGUCACCAGGCCCAGAGGAUAGCUUCUCCGCAGGGCUCUUCAACCUCCCCUGAGAGAGUGUUUAUUGCUAUGCUUGCCUUGCUAUCUUGCCAGGUAAGUGCCUCCUCUCCUGCUCCAGAAAAUUAUUGGGCAUAUUUCCCAAAUCCUCCAACCUUCCAAGUAGUUACUUGGAACAGUAACCCUAUACAGGUCCACACAAACCAGCCUCGUCUUUUGGGAGGAUCAUAUGCUUCCUAUACAAAGGAUCAAUACCCUAUUAAUUUCAAUUAUACCUUUAGGGGAUUAACAGACGACCUUCCUGUUUGUUUUAACUUCCCCUUUGGUCAUACAGGAAGCUUUAUUACUCCUACCAAAGAAGGAUGUUUUGGAGCCUCUAAAAAAGCAAUUCUGACAGAUUCCCCAAACUUAAAAUAUCGGUCAGUUUGGAUAUUACACGCUCGUAUGCCCGGGGUCCUUGACCCCUAUAAAUCCCUGCUUUUCAAAUCUCCACCAGAAUAUCCAAAUUGUAAUAAUGUUGCCCCUUCAGAUGUCAUAUGGAACACCAUAGAUGGUCGCUUAGGCUAUCUGAUUUGGAAAUCUUGUACUUAUAAUUCGAGAAUUGAUUACAGAAUACCGGGAGGAGGAAAUUAUACAAUUCAGGACUGGAGCAACCCAAAUCCAGGUCAGAACCCAAAGUCCAAUGAUGAAUUUACCGGAAAAUUUGACAGUUGGAAAGAAUAUUCAGUUCCUUGGCCACUAGCCACCACUAGAUGGCAUCAUAAUCAAUUUGUUCCUCCAAUGUUGUCCUAUACAGCUAAGGGCAAAACCUAUUGGCAACCAGAAAUUUGGAGAGCCCUUGCCGCUACUGCCUCUAUUACUUUAACCCGGCCAGAAAAUAAUUCUAUUUACUCUAUUUUAGCUUGUCUACCCUCUCCUUAUGUUUUUCUCUUCACUAAUGACUCUAAAAGACUUAAUAGACAAAUGAAUCUUUCAGGUGGACCUCAUAUACUGUCUUGUGAACAAUGCAUGCUCUCAUCUUGUUUGACCCCCCAAUAUAAUGUUUGUUCUUUUGUGGUGUUACAACGUCCACUCUAUCUUAUGGUGCCUAUAACUGUAACCACACACUGGUAUGAUAAUUAAGGUCUUGCUGUAUUACAGGAGAAGGCCAUGGCACCCCACUCCAGUACUCUUGCCUGGAGAACCCCAUGGACGGAGGAGCCUGGAAUGCUGCAGUCCAUGGGGUUGCCAAGAGUCGGACACGACUGAGCGA